UGCGCGGGUUCACAUUGCAAGCAAUGUGUUUACAGUCUGUAAUUUUCCUGCUGUUACUUCGAAGUUUAACUUGUUAAAAGUAUUUUAUUUACCGUAAAAAGUACUCGGUUUCCUUUUGAUAAAAAUCCAGAAGCCGUGUAUCCGCAAGAAUGGAACUCCGCCGAGUUAAUGAACAUUGGUGAACGAGACGGCUGCUUUUCUGGUUCCUCAGUUGCCUUUCCCAGUGGCUCGUCAGGAGCCGUCGCCAUCUUUUGAAUGACCCGAGGAUUACAGGCAAAACCAUUUAAAUCACCAGCUCUAUAAUAUUGUUUUGCUGGCCAGCACUUUACUUUACUUUAUUACUUUUUCUUGUUGCUAAAGACAAUACAAGGACACUUGAAGACUUAUUCUAUUUUUUUGGAUAACAAGACCGUUCGGUAUUUAGUUUGUUUAUGGACUGAGAAAGACCAUACGUUGUUGUUGUUGUUGUUGUUGUUGUUGUUGUUGUUGUUGUUGUUGUUGUUGUUGUUUUUGAGACAUUUGAGUAUUUUGUUUAACGUCCUAAAAAAAGGAAAUGUAUGUUAUUUUCGUAUUCCAAUUGUUAACCAAAACAUAAUUUAAUUUCCAUGUGCUUUAAAGAUACUGUUAUAUGGUGUAUCCGAUUUCCAUUAUGAUGAAGAAGAUGCGUUUCAGUCCAGCAAUUGUUGAGUAAAUCUGGAUGAUAGUACACUGCUAUCACAAACCCAAGUAAAUUCUGUUUAUUGGUUACACAUGCAUGAGCACAUACACUUAGGAUAGUUUGUCAUACCACGCCAUGGAAUCAAUCAACUACAUCGCUAAACUCAAUGAGUAUGUGCAGAAAAGUGGCUGUGAGUUGAAGUACGACGUGGGUUCCGAAGGCCCUGCUCAUAUUAAAACUUUUGCUCAAACGGUGAUAUUAAACGGCAAACCAUACCCAGAGGGCGUUGGAAAAACCAAGAAGGAGGCCCGGCAAAAUGCAGCCAAACACGCUUUAGAGAGCGUUUUGGAGACAGACUCAGACCACUCCCAUGUCUCGGGGUGGUCCAUGAGGGACGCUACAGAGCCAAUUAAUCAGGCAAGGCUCACCCAACCCAACUACAAAUGUUGGCUCUACGAGCACAGUCAGAAGAACCGGGUUCGUAUACGGGCACUGGAGUCCACCGCGAUGGAACUAGGCCACACUAAACAUUGUUGUAAGUUUGUGCUUGACGGUACGGAGUACCCGUCUGGCUCUGGGAGAACGAAGAAGGAUGCAAAGGAGGAAGCAGCCAGGCUUGCAUAUGAGGAGAUAUGUAGAAAUCCACCAUCAAAUACCGUAGAUCAGAGUGGCAGUGUUGAGCCAUCGAGUCCUCAAACAAAUGAAUUGAAUCAAGACAUGUCGGAGGCAAUUGGUUCACCUGCAAAUAUGGAGGUGAGCCUCGGAGAGCUUUCUGGCUUGACUGAGUUUACAUACUUAGGACUGUACAGCCAGCAUCAGCAGGAGAACAUGUGCAAUGUGGACUUAUUGGUGAAAAGAUGUGGUCCUGCACACUGCCCUCAGGAGGUUAUUGGCGGUAGGGAGUACCCUGAAGUCAAGGGGAAGACUGCAAAGGAGGCCAGAAAAAGGACGGCAAAGGAGGCCUGGCCUGUGCUCCAAGAGCUGUCAGACUGGGACAGCAAGGCAAAUGGGAAGUCUGCCAAAUCAGAAGAGGAUGGCACAAAUAAUAAAGCAACAUCAGACACGGCAUCCUCCGCAUCUGGUAGCUGGAUUCAGUCCAGCAAUUCCUCUGCACCUCCCAAGGAAGAAAAAUUGGGUAUCAAGGCUAAAAUUAAACUUGGAGAGAAAUUCAAAAAAGAACCAUCCGAUACACCAAGAGGUCCAACUACUUCUAAGUUCUUAACAGAAUACGACAAUUUUGAGUGUAUUGGGCAAGGGGGCUAUGGUCACGUUCACAAGGCAAGGAUGAAACACUUGGAUACGUAUUACGCGGUCAAGAUGGUGCUCAAUGAAGAGAAUGCUCUGCGCGAGGCAAAGAUUUUAGCAAAGCUACAGCAUCCUAAUAUCGUUCGAUAUUACACCUCCUGGACUGAGGAUCAGGAAAACAUUCCUCCCAACUGUAAAUGUCUCAGGACUUCCCAGUCAAGCAGCGAUACGUCCGGGACUUUCCUGUGCAUCCAAAUGGAGCUGUGUGAAAUGAAGGAUCUGUAUGAGUGGAUACAGGAGAAGAACUCAUUGCAUCAGGAUCCCACUCGGAGGAAGGAGAGUUUAGACAUCAUGAAGAAGAUAAUAUGUGGUGUGGAAUACAUCCACUCCAAGAAUCUAAUGCACCGGGACCUAAAGCCCUCUAACAUUAUGGUUGGAUCGGAUGGAGAGGUGAAGAUCGUGGAUUUUGGUCAGGUGACGGCAGAGAGUGACGAGGAAGGCAACGUGUUGGAGAAAACGAUGGGCACGGGCACUAGGUCGUUUAUGCCGCCUGAACAAAGGUACAAAAACGUAUACAACAAUAAGGUGGAUAUAUUUGCAUCCGGCUUGGUAUAUUUUUUGAUGCUGUGGAAUUUCUCCGUUCAUGAAAAGAGUAAAUGUUGGGAUGACAUCAGAAAACAAAAAUUUCCAGCAGACUUCACACUGUCAUUUCCUAAAGAGUCAUUUCUAAUUACAUCAAUGCUACAUGAAAAUCCUGAAUCCCGACCCUCUGCUGAGGAGAUAAUGGCUAAGCUGGAGCGGUUGGAUCUUCCCACAGCGAGACCGAUCAGAACCAAUUGGGCGGACAAGGCCUGGUCAUCAGCGCCCUAUUCUUAUUAAUCUAUUAAACUGCACUAUGUAACUUUGUCACUCUGACGGCGGAGGAGAAACAUGGAGCCGUUUUAUGUAACCCACUAAGAUGUCCACUUCUUACUUUAUUUUUUUUAUUUUAUUCUAUGUCAUAUGUAAUUUUCUAUUUUUUAUAAUCUUUUCUUCUAUGCUUCUAAUUUAAAGUGGUCCCAACUUUAUUUUAAACAAAAAAAAUGUUUUUACACAGUUUGGUCAUUAGCUGUGUUCGAAAUCGUUCACUAAUCCCUAUAUAGUGUUCAUGAUAUAGUGCACUAAAUAGGGAACGAACAAACGAGAAUUCGGACACUACGCUGAACAUUUCUAAACGUCAUUUGCGUCAGUAAAUGCGCCGGGUAUUUGUGUGACGCAGACAGACGCGCCCAAAUUAUGUAAACAAACGGGCACUCACGAGGUAACCUGGAGGUAGUAUUGAUGUUAAAUGUUACGUUUCCUUGAUCAAGGUUUUUUUUAAAUAAAUUUUGAAUGUUACAUUUUCAAUGUUAAAUCCCAAAUAAAUUGACAUUUCUAAAAGAAGGCCGGUGAUCAUUAAAAGUAUUCUUUUUCGCGGUUAUUCCGCCUCUUCUCCGGAAAAACACGACCUCAUUGCAUUGUGGUAUACGGGAGUAACAUGUAUAGUACAUCGUGUGUACACUCGAAUGCUCAAAUUUUGGGUAUUUUAAGUGCACUAUAUAGUGCAUGAAAUUAACCACUGAGUAUUCAAACAUUUGAAGGAGCCUUUGGGACAGCCUUGACGCGUCGCAGUGACGCAAUUGCCCUUCGAAGGAUUCGUCCCCUGAAUUGAGUAGCAGCCGAUAUAUUAGUUGCUUUAGAGCCUGCUGUUAUGACAUAGGGUUUCGCGCAUUCAUGUCAGACCUGCUGAACAAAGGCUACGCAAUGGAAGUUCCU